GUUUUUGUUCACGAAUAAAGUGAGGGAAGAAGCAAAGCAAAACAAUCGACCAACAAGUGACAGUUGUGCUGAUAAACUGAGAAUAUCGUCACCAUGAGCCUGUUACAAAACAUUCGAAUGCCAUGGCUUGCCUCGUUGGUACGACGAUCCAUUCACACAACGGCUGCAUUUGGAAAGUCGCAAUCGGGUCGGUAUAAAAUCACACCUAAAGGCGAUCGACCCCUAACGUACGAAAUGGCUAAUCCGCCCCACCAAAUCGGCCACCGCAAAGCCUGGAACUCGUGGAAUACAUCGAACUUGGAGGGAGAGCUCCGGCCGUCUCAAACAAUGCUGGAAGACGAGUUCAUCCGACGGUUCAUGACCGGAACGUGGCAUGGAUUGGUACUGUCGGAGGUGAUUAUCAAGCGACAGCACAACCACAUCCGAAUAGCAACCAUUCUGCGGCGUGGAAUUUCUGCCCGAAAGAUGUACUUCCUGAUCGGAUACUGCGAAGAGCUGCUAGCCUAUUGGUUGCAGUGUCCGGUGACGCUCGAGCUACAGACCACAGCGGAUAGGAAAGAUGUGAUUUUCAAGUAUAUAUAGAGAAUGUUUGUACUAGUUUGCAGCGCAAUAAAAUAUGGUGAUGUCUAGCUUUGAUUGUU